AUGAAUAAGGAAGUGUGUAAAAGGUUUGAGAAUGUGUGGAAGGAUUUUCCCGAUACAUUGAGUAAUGAAAAAUACCAAUUUAAAGGUGAUAAUUUUUUAAAUAAGUAUUGUGAUGGCAGUAAAUGUGAUAAUGAUAUAGAACAGAUUAGUGCUGGAUGUUUAUAUUUGCUUAAUGAAUUUUUUAAGAAUUCUUCUGUGUUUCAAUCUGUUGCAAAAAAUAACAUCAAUAUUGUUGAAUACAUUAUGAUAUGGUUAAGUUAUAUGUUAAAACUAAAGAAAAAUGAAGGAAGCGACAGUCUAAAAUAUUUUUAUACUACAACUAUAGAUAAUGAUAAGUAUAAAACGUCUAUAGACAAAGUUGGAGAUUGUAGUAAUUAUAAGGAUCUUAUAGAUAAAAAAAAAUAUUUUUUGGAUAUAGAUAAAAAUAUUAUAUCUAAUUUAUAUGAUGCAUUUAAAUCAUUAUGUAAAAUGUAUACUGGAUUUGAUGAAAGCACGUCAAAUUGCACAAACUGUUCGCAACAUGCCCAAAAUUUUGCUGAAAAAUAUAAAGAACUUAAUAAAGAAUCGAAUAUUCCUAAUAAUAGUUCCUAUAAUAAACUAGUGUAUACAUUAUCAAAUGAUUAUAAUAAUUUAAAAAUUAACUGUAAAAAUUGUUCAUCCUUUCCAGAGAUAGAACCAAGCAUUUAUGCACUAACAUCUGAAGAUACAUCAAGUUCGUCGAUAGGAAACAAAUUAAUUUCAGUUUUGUCGAUAUUAGUUGCAAUAGCAUUUUUGGGGGGAAUUUCUUAUAAGUAUUCGUUAUUUGGAUUUCGGAAACGAUUUAAAAAACAACAAAUAAAAGAAAAAAUAAAAAAUAUAAAGAAGAGAAUAAAUAAUUAA